GAGAAAGACUUGGUGCUUGACGAGACGAGACGAGCCGGGACGAGGACGGUCGUGUGCAAGCGCUCUCUUCCCUUCCCUUGUCUCGCUUUCUCUCUCUCUCUCUCUCCCCCCCUUCUCUCUCUCUCUCCCUCUCGCCGUCGUACACUUAGCAACACACAUGUGAUUACGACAGAUUCCUGUACAAUUUGGGGUAUGACAGCCCAGACAUCUGGGGUGGAAGGGCCGGGGCUGAUUUUUUCUACGCACACCGGCCGGGGCACUGAUGAUUUGGUGCUCCGAUCGUCAGGAGAUGGGGGAGAGUUUAGUUGUGUCCGCAGAGAGAAGCAGUGAUGCGGUAGUGGUAGAGUGGUGAGGGGGCAGGAGGGCAGUGACGGACGGGAGGAAGGCAGGGAGAUUUUCGAGGGAGAACAGUGAGAGUAGUCAGCAUGGUGUGUGGCUAGGCUGGGGGCUGGCGAGGGGAAUUGUCGACAGUGUGGGAAGACAAUUCUGGCCUGCUGCGCUGUUUUGGACGAGGAAAUUUGUGGAUGUUUUUAGGGUAGUCUAAACUAGUCAUGAAACCCAGAAUUCUGAGUUUCUGGUCAUGGCUCUGGUGCCGCCCGUCAGGAUACACGAAAGAGGUGCUGAUCGUGCGAAUGGCCUCAGAGAUUAUGUGCCACAAUGGGUAGACCGCGAGGAAGACGGGAGUUCUGGAAGGAUGGAAGAAGACACGGAACUGGAGGAAGGAGAGGCUUUUGAAGGAGGCGGUUCUGGCUCUGGCUCCGGAGACGAUGAUUUAGAAAGACUAAGUUACCUGGAUACUAGACUGGAAUCAGUUUUAGGAGACUGCCAGAAAGAAUUCCAGGGAAAUCUGUCUACAGAAAGGCUAGGAUCUAAGUAUGGUGGUUACGGAUCAUUUUUGCCGUCAACAAGGAGGGCCGCUCCUGUUUUAGGAGGCCCAGGACCACCACCUCCACCUGGGUCAGAGCCCGCACGACCUAGGCCACCGGAGGGCCACGUCGGGGCUUUGAGGCCGAGACCAAGCGAAGCACCCAAGGAGCGAGCGAGGCGAGGGCAAGGCGGCGGUCCUGUCGUGCCAGCCGCGGAUCCCAAUUCCUGGCCUAAAGAGAAAGAACAUAAAAGGAAGAAUGUAAGAUCAAUGAACGCAAUUGUCAAGGCAGCGGCAGCCGCAGCGGCAGCGGGAGCUACAAAUUCCGUGAAGGAAACCAUCCCUCCCGAGAAGAAGGGCCUCACUGUCCGGCUCCAAUUGCCUCCUAAGACAGGGCAAGGGCUGGACAAACAGGCACAAAACUCUGUCUACAACAAAGUUUUUGGGUCUGAUCAUCCGUCCUCUCCGUCUGAUGAUGAUCUUGAAGACGAUGAGAGAUCAGGCUCUGAGGACAAUGCGUCUCCGGAUUUGAGUCCCUCCGGAAUGAUCAGGGCAUUGACGACUUUUGAAUUUCCGUAUGGAGGGUUGAUUUCGCCUUCGAUACCUCCAUUGGUUUCCGAGCCAGUCACCGAAAAGAAGGAGAUUUUUAGGCAGCUGAUGAAUACGCCAGCAAGUAAGCCGGACGGAGGUCCCGGUUCCAGGAAGUUCAUGGAGACUCUAAGUAAGGUGGUUAAGGAGACGAGGCCUAAGAGUAAAGAAGUUGUACCACUACCUGAACCCAUAAAAGUAGCACCAGUUGUUGACUCUGUAAAAGUCCUCAAGAAAGAGGGCAAGGAGGCUGGCACGAACACAUUGAAGCUCUCAUAUAAACAUCCUGUGAGAGAGGACUCCACCCCCGGACCUCAUAGUAAGCUCUCUGUUGAGCCGAAGAAGAAGGGCAAAGAAAGCAGCAAGGAUCACCCUGCGCAAAAGGAACCCAAAGAUAAAAGUAAAGAAAACAGGGAGGUUUACAAGGAGGUCAGGAAGGAGAUAGUUGCGAAAGUUGCUGGAGAAACUGGAAGAGAUGGAGCCAUGGACUCAUUUAAAGCCACCGUGCCUCCAGCCAAAGAGCAAGUCAAGCAUGGAGAGCGAGACAGCCUGGAUAUGUUGAAGAAUGUAGUUGCAGGAAAACCUGGAAAGAAGGUCAGUAAGAAGGGUUCUAAAGAAACCACAAGAGCUAAGGAUAUUGAGAGGGAGAAGGCAGUGUAUAGGUAUCCCUUGCCCGUACAAGGGGACGCCAAUGGACUCCUAGCUCCUGCUCCACAGGCUCUGUAUCCUCCACUCGUGGGAAGUUCCAGUCUCGAGGUGGCAGCACAACCCAGUAUUGUUCUCGAUAAUUGGGUGGAGUGCACGAAAUGUAACCAGUGGCGUCUCGCUUUACCUGGAGUCAAUGUUAAUGUUUUGCCAGAUAAUUGGCAAUGUCAAUCGAUGGAAUGGCUGCCCGGUUUGAACAGCUGCAAGUAUACAGAGGAAACUACCACGAAUGCUGUUUACAACUACCUAGGGCUGCAAAACCCGAAUACCUUACCUGCUGUUGGGUUGAACGGGGCUGCGCCACUACCUUCAACGUUGACAUGCGUUAUUCCACCUCUGGAUACAACAUUAGAAAGCCGACAUCUAGAGCAAAAACCGUCAAAAGCCCAAAAGCAAGGUAAAAAAGGAGUUGUCAAGAAGGUUGGAGGAAGUACUCCGAAGCUCUCAACGCCCACGGUCAAGAAAGUGGACAUGGUCUCUACCAAGAACAAGAAUUUGGUUGAUGUACAACCGCGUGAACGAGGACCACCACUCCCGACUGAAGACCCAGGCUAUCAAAGGGUGAUGGCUGAUAAACAAAAGUUUAAGGAGAAAGAGAAAGAAAAAUUGAAACGGAUGCGGGCGAGUGAAGGUGAGGAUCCGCGACCCCAGAAACAAGCUGUUCGUGAAGAUGAUCGCAGUAAAGUACCUGGUGGUGUAAAGAGGAAGAAGAAGGUGGACACAAGCGACAACGAGGAGGCGCCAGUAGUGAAAAAGGCGAAAGGGGGUGAUGGCAAAGGGAGGAAGAUGGUUGUAGAAAUGUUUGUUCCGUCAAAGGUUCAAAGUAGUGAUGAGAAUACCCACUCUUUUCACUACGGUAGCGAUGAUGCUGGAAUCAGUAGCAGAAACGUUGGCAGAGGCACUCUGACUGCUCCUGCUCAGGCCCAAGCACCAAGGAAGAUGAAGGUCACUUUGAGUGGCAAUAAGGAGCCAAAGAAGAAAGACGACAGACAAGAUGUGAGAGGAGAUGAGAGGAAAAGAAAGGAGAAUCAAAAGGGUGUGGAUGUCAGGUGCAAGUCAGAGCUUUUUGUUAAACACGAAAGCAGCGACAGCGAUGAUGACAAGCACCGCAGGGACGACUACAAAAGGAACUGUAGAGAGAAUGAGACCAUUCGGAAAGUGGACAUUAGAGGAAGAAAUGGUUACUCAGAAGGUAAGAAGCGUAUAAAAGAAGAACCUGAAGCCGAGUACCACAAUGAGAAGAGAAGAAUGGUCUCUAAGGAUCUUGAAGCAACACGGGAGUAUGAAACUGGAUCAUCUCCUAAAUCGCAGCCGGAGGGUAUGUAUGAUGAGCGGAGGCUGGACGGAGAUUUCAGAGGUAAGAGGCUGUUUGAUGAAGUAUCAGGGAUUGCACGAACCUAUGUGCAAGGGUCUGAUGGAGAGAGGGCCGAUGAUAGCCCGCAUGGCCAGAGCCCUGCUCCCGUUGUUGAUCUUUAUCCACCUCAAGAUGACGAAAGAGGUCGAGUUUCUAGCUCCCCCUCACCACUGACCGCUAGCUCUUCGAAGCAUUCCUUUUCUGCCGCGUCUUCGGCGAGUGGAUCCAAGGGACCUUCUCCAAUCGAAUCGACAGUUUCUUCGUCGCCCGUAAGGUCUCAAAAGGUGGAGGCCGGGGCUGGAAGGAGGAGGGCUGCAGACUGCGUACAAGGCCAUGAGCACAAUACUACCCCUGAUAGCCGGCCGACGAGUAAUAAACGGAGUCCACUUUCGCCGCUAAGGUCUCCCAGUCCCAAGAGGUCUACAGACGAACAAGACACACAGAGCGACAGGGAUGGUCAACAACGACAAACGCAUCGUGAUAACUAUGACAGAGGUGGUCUUCAUUCACCUGAACCCUCCUCUCGCUUCAAUACCAGGGAGACGAGCAGCGGACGGGAGAGAUACGCGAGGAGUAACAGUCGAGAAGGUCCUGCGGAUUUUAGGAAGUUUGAUGGCAAAAGUCGGGGAUCUGGUAGGGAUGAUGACCGGCAUUGGGAAGAAGGUGCAAGCAGGGAGAGAAGAGCUGGCAGUGCCAGUCACUUUGGAAAUGGAGAUCGUGGCGGAAGUUACGACCGACAUCGUGAUGACCGACACCGAGAGAGGGACGACAGAUAUGAUCGAAGGGGCGAAGAUAGAUUUCGGGAGAGGGACAGAGAUAGGGAACGUGACAGAGAGAGACCUAGAGACACUUGGACGUCCGAGCGGGGAGGAGAUGUUAGGGAGGAACGGGGUACUAGGGAGCGAAGCGUUCAUCAACGUGAUGACUGGGGUGGAAGACCUUCGUCUCGGGAAAGCCGGCUUGACAAGCAGGGUGGCACAAACUGGCGUGAGGAGUCCAGACCAGGCAGAGACUCGAGUAGAGAAGGGAGGGAAAGAACGGAGGAUGGCGUUGCCGAAAAGAGCCAUGUUGAUAUCAGGUCGAGACAUGUGGACGACAAUGCCAAAGAUGAACUUCCUUGCCACGACGAGCAUGAGCCAGGUCACGGUGGUCAGAGGGAUAAUUCUUCUCAUAGGUACGAGAAGAACGAACCUACACCACAGAAAGAUCCGAAGGCCCGUCUGAACCUAUUCUCAGACAGGAAUGGAGACAAGGCAGCAGUUGGAUCCUCUGGUCGGAAGGAGGUGGAAGGUGCUGCUCCCAGGCCUGGAGCAGAGCCUUAUAGUGCAUCCCUCGGUGCGAAUAGAAGUAGGCCUGAAGGGCAGCCACCUGGUGCACGGAAGAGAGGUAGUCCAGCAACUGAGACCAGACACGUAGACGAGAGUGCGAAACAGGGUAAAGAGCCCAAGAAUGGUUCUGAAGGGAGCUAUCCAGCACGUCAAAGUGCUGAAGCGGGUCAUGCGUCUAAUAAUCCCGGGCACAUUGCCAGGGGUAGUGAUGGAGGAUCUGGGAGUCCAACGAAGAAAAAUCAUGCUGCUCUGGCGUCAACUCUUACAAAGGAAGCCAAAUCCUUGAAACACUCGGCGGAUCGUAUCAAGAAUGAGCCAGGUAUGGAAGACGAUAGCACAAAUAUGUAUUUGCAAGCAGGAUUGAAGUUUUUGGAAGCUGCACAUCACCAAGAGGCCGCAAACGACAGGCCCGGUGAUUUUUCUACGAGUUUUAGGAUAUACCUUGACACCGCAUAUCUUUGCGACUAUUGUUCCUCAGCAUUCGAGAAAAAAAUGGAGCAUGCUGCAGCUGCGUUAUCUUACAUGGUCGCAGCACUCGCGCGGAUGAGAGUGUUGAUGUUUAAAUCUAAGGAAAUCCAUAAAGAUCAUGUGGAGCUACACAAUGCCGUCAAAGCAUCAACGGCUCUUGGUAAUCAAGUUGCUGUGAUGCAAACACCACCUACUGGCCUUGCUUCGGUUCCACAUCCAAGCCGUGGUUCUGACAAACCGGGUUCCUCGCAUCCAGCUCCGAUAAUUGGAGAAUCUCCAUCUUCAUCAUCUGCGUCUGACGUGGAUAAUCUCAACAAUCAUGCUGCUCUAAAUGAAAAACUAGCUUCAAAUAUAUCGAAAGGCCCUGCGUUGUCCCCUCUACCUGGAACGUCAUUGGGUAAUAAUGAAGUUUUACCUAGUCGACUUCACACAAAUUAUCAACGACAUCUCUCCAAUUCAUCCGAUGUAUACCGGAUGUUGGAGUCGUGGAACAAGGCCAGAGUUGCUACCGCUGCAUAUGAAGCUGAGUGUGCAGGAGAUGAUUCUCGUCAAGAGUCCAUACUCGCAAUAAGAAGAGUAGGAGAAAUUGGAUUGUUAGAUGAUAUGGACGCACUGGUCAAACAGGUGCGCGUAGCUCUAGAUGCUAUUGGUCACUGAAGGAUAUUGGGGUUUAUUGGGGUUUCACUUACAUUUUUUGACAAAUAAAACCAAGGGUCUGAAGGAUGGCAUAAUGUUGUGCAUGAGUAUCAACCUGCAUGCCUAUUCAACCUCACCUUAGUACGCCGUUGAAUUGUCAAAUUUCCCUUUGUAUCAUGACAUCCUUUCGAAGAGAAACUACUCUUUGUUCAGUUGUCUUGCAAUCUACCACGAGUAGCUUGCAAGCAAUCGAUCGAAGCACUGCAGCUUGAAUGGACAAGGCAAGGAACUUCUGUGAGCUGUACCAAUAUUUGACUGUCAGGAGUAAAUUGCCGCAUGAAAGAGAAAAGCGGCGCGUUCUUGGGUUGCUGUAGGAUUCAGGAUUAUGCAACCUGAAUUUAAAUCCGAAAGCCAGCUACUCUGCGCUCAAUUUUGCAUUAUGGUGUUCAUUUUCGGGUGUAUAUAAAAGAGAGGGCCGUAUAACUACUUCUAUGAAGCUAGCACACAGUAUACCUUGAAGGUAUUCGGAACCAGGUUGUGGAAGACCAAGGGGCUUUUGAUUACUCGAUACUGUACCAACAUAGUGUAACCAAGGACAAAGCAUCGGCCCUUUCAGGCUGCAAGAUGGUGCUUUCUGGGUUGGACUUCUAAGAUUUUCUGACCUGCUCCUCAAGUUGCAAGGUGGUGCUUUGUUUUGGUUGGGUGCAUUUUAUUGAGGGCGCUGGUUUCUGACAACCUCGCCGGAAGCUAAGGAUUUGCUUGAAACUCUGCAACACAGGGUUUCCAGGACAAUGGUUCUAACAUCCUGAAGUUGCAAAGAUGCUGCAAAAUUUUGGUUGCUCAGAUAUACCAGAUUCACUCAACGUGGGCUUGCUAUUGGUGUCAUAUAUCUGCUGGAUCUUUUUCUGGGCAUCUUACAAAGGACUAUGGCGACUGUUGUCUACGAGGUGCUGUAAAGAUAGCCACGAGCCUCGGAGCGAUAUCGACGCAGGAUGCUGAAACUUUAGUUUUGUAUUUUCAUCAAAUUAGGUCGAAAAACAGUUCAGCUAAGGAUUAUUUUUUCAGCAUUUCAAGCUGUAGUUGAGAAAGAUUGUGGGAGUUUGGUCAUAUUGAAUGCCGUUUAAUUCCAAAUCUUUCUCCAGGUAGAGGAGAUGAAGAUGCGGGGACUGCUUAGACUUAUAUUUGCAGAUUUGGUUGCCACAUGCACAUCUGCUGUCAUUUCAGGUUUUGACGCAGAUAUGGAUAGCUUCUGAGCACCCUGCAUCAAAAAGUGUACAGAUUGGUUGUUCACAAGUAAAUGCUUUUUCAUAAAUUUCUGCUGUG